CCAUUCAAGAUGGCGAACGGUGAUGCCGUCCGAGCUGGGAACGGUUCGAUACAUCAUGUGACAAACGGAAAAACAAAUGGCUUUCAUUAUCACAAAAACGGACAUACGACUAAUGGAAAGAAUGGCGAUUCUAAAAAGAUACCAGAUUGGCAGGACAAUUUUUGGGAGUCGUUUGAAGAGACUCCCAUCAUAGCAGCCAUAUACACCUAUUUCUGCUUUGGACUGCUUGUGGUUUUCGGACAUAUCCGUGACUUUUUAAGAAAUAUUGGACUAGAAAAAGUAAAGUCAUGUACAGAGCCAAAGUUACCUGGUUUUGUUCCGCUGUAUCAGAGCUGGGAGAGUUUUUAUACCAGGAAUAUAUAUCGCCGGAUACGCGACUGCUGGAACAGACCUGUGGCUAGUGGUGCUGGAGCCGAGCUGGAUGUCGUGGAGAGGGUAUCUACGGACAGCGGCUGGAACUUUACAAAUACGGGCAAAACAAUUCGUGUAAUGAAUUUGGGAUCCUACAAUUAUCUUGGAUUUUCUCAAAAUAACGGUCCAUGUGCUGACGCUGCCGAGGAAUCAACAAGAAAGUAUGGGAUGUCCUUUUGUAGUAGCCCACAACAGUUAGGUUACUCUGAAUUACACAAAGAGCUUGAUGAACUUGUUGCCCAAUUCCUUGGCAUGGAGGCAGCGUUUACCAUGCCUAUGGGCUUCGCUACCAACUCUAUGAACAUGCCAUGUCUAGUCGGAAAGGGUAGUUUGAUUCUAAGUGAUUCGCUAAACCAUGCCUCCCUGGUGCUUGGGUCCAGACUGAGUGGUGCUACAAUCAGGACCUACAAACACAACAAUAUGCGUGACUUGGAGGAUAAGCUGCGUACAGCGGUGAUAGAGGGUCAGCCCAGAACACGCCGACCCUGGAAAAAAAUCCUAAUUGUUGUGGAAGGAGUUUACAGUAUGGAGGGAUCCAUUAUCCGUCUACCAGAUGUGGUCAGACUAAAAAAGAAGUACAAGGCGUACAUCUACUUGGAUGAGGCUCACAGUGUGGGGGCUCUCGGGCCAAACGGAAAGGGUGUGGUUGACUACUUUGGCCUGGAUCCCCGUGAUAUUGAUGUGAUGAUGGGGACAUUUACAAAGAGUUUUGGUGCAGCCGGAGGCUAUAUUGGUGGCAGUAAGAGUUUGGUGCGACACUUACGAGUAAACUCCCACGCAGCAAUUUACUCCACGUCAAUGUCACCGUGUGUCUUACAGCAGACCAUCUCCUCCAUGAAGAUCAUAAUGGGACUAGACAACACACUAUUAGGUAAAAGGAAAAUCCAACAGCUGAAGUGGAACACACGGUACUUCAGACAUCGCCUACACAAAAUGGGCUUCAUCAUCUACGGUAACAAGGAUUCGCCCGUGGUACCAAUGCUGAUGUUUAUGCCUACGAAGGUCGCAGCCUUUGCACGUAUGUGUCUUGAUCGAGGUCUGGGGGUGGUUGUGGUUGGUUUCCCAGCAACGCCAAUCAUUGAAUGCCGAGCCAGAUUCUGCGUUUCAGCCGCUCACACCAAAGAACAGUUGGACAAAGCCUUGGCCAUCAUUAAUGAGAUGGGUGACAUGCUGGGCUUGAAAUAUUCCACUAUGAAGGUGCCUACUUAUGAUGAAACAGACAUUCAGCUGAUUGAGUAAUGGAAAUGCCAUAGUGUGACUACAAAAUCUCUUCAUCGCUGUCAAACUCUGCUUCAUGUGACUGGACAUCAUUCAGAAACUGCUGAUGGAAUGUUGUUUGCUGUGAUUUGAAAGGUUUCCUGUGGGAUGUUCUUCUUAAGAGUUUCCUGCAUGACUGUCCAUUCCUCAUUUCAACGGAAUUUUGUCCCAGUGAGGAGGCUCAGUCUUCUUCAAGGAUGGAAAACGUUUCUUUAUCAACAUCACCCUACCAAGAUGUAUCAUCAGGUCUUAGUUGCAUAACAGAUAAAGCGACGGCCCUCUUCAAUAGCUAUCAUCUCAUGAUCAUCAAAUAUUUCAUAGGAAAUACAUCAGUUUGAGUGGUUAGUAUGUAUACUUGAAACAAAAUGAGAUAGCGGUGAAGAUGUAUGUGAUUAUGUGUUCAACUUUUAUCAGGGAAUGAAAGAAAGUGUUCUUUUUUACACAGUGAUUUAUAUGCCUUCUGAGUGUUACUUUGCAAGCUCUGACUUCAUUAGAACACACUGCUCGAGUGGCAAUGGCUGACUUAUUCUAGUGCCUGCAUCACAAUAUUUUAUCUUUGUUGUUUUUAAUAAGACUCAUUUGUUGAUUCUUCCUAAAAUAGAAGUUUGGUAGAAAAAAGUGUUUUAAUAUUGUGUUUGAAAGUGAAGCUGCCUGGAAUGUGAUCUAGAAUGAGGCUGUGUUUGAGAGUGAGGCUGCUUGAAAGUGAGACAGCAAGGUGUGUGAGUGUGUUCUGUUUCAGGAUAAGGCAAGAAUGUGUGUUUUCAGUAAGACUGUUUUUUGACAUUAAGUCUGUUUCAGAGUGAGACUGUGUUUGAUAAUAUUUGUUGUUACCGGUAAAUAUUAUUUCUCAUUGUUCUGAGUGACAAAAACAUCUCUUAUGAGUUGAGCGUUCAAAGAUACUGUCAACACUAUAUUUUUAAUGUACUUCUAAUUUCACUUUAUAAUUAUGUAAUGCAUGUUUGCCAUUAAGUGUGGUCGAAUGGAAAGUGCUUAAUAGGCUUUUCUGCACUAAAAUCCUACUGACCCAAGGGUUAGGUGCUAAGGUAUUGUGUUAUACGUUACCUGUGGUCGGUACAGGUCUGGUGAAAUCAUACCUUUGUGUGACGUUUUACUUUUAAUCGUGUCAACCAGAUGGAUUAUAAAACUGUUUUUGUACUUAUUUAUUUAUCAACUAAUGUUUGUUAACAGUUGCAGCUACAUUUUGAAUUUAGUUUUGUGUUGUGUUUGUGUUUUCAAAAGUAUAUCAUAUCAUAACAUAUUAUUUUAACCCAUUCACCCCUAAAGACACAUUUGAACCUUACCAAAUCAAAGACUGGGCAAGUCCGUUUUAAAUAUAUAGGGUGAAUGAGUUUAAGUUAAUGUGUAUAAUUAACCUAAGAACAGAGUUUCUAUCAGUCUGAUGUUUUGGAGACAUCAGUUUUGGCCAGAGUACAUAAAUAUUGUCUUAGUAACCGUAUGUUAUCGUGUUAUAUAAAUCACUGAUGAUUUUGUGACGUCUUUCUGUAGUUAGGGUAUUGUAAUAUGAAGAUUUUUGAGACUUAUUUACAUUAUUAAAGCGGCCAGAAAUCUGGUGUGACAUUGUCUAUACAUUUGUUAAAAAACAAAGCUAGGAAUUUGCUCUUAAAAAUCGCAUACAUUCACAGGCCUCUGAAAUAGAAGUGUUCUGAAUUGAAGUAUUUUGUAAACUGUUAAGUCCUUAAUACCUCUUUGACUUCUUGCAUUCCUUAAACCAAAUAUUUUUCUACCUUUUAAAAUUGUUACAGUUUUUUUGAGCAAGUUGCAUACUAGUUUGUAAUGUACAAAGUUAGUUACGUUCAGAACUUAUUGUUUACCGUUUCUUCUUGUUCAUUCUUCCUCCACUGCAAAUUUGUCCAAUACGCUUUCAUUGUAUGUGUCAAACUUCCAAAGGGUAUGGUUUAUGUGAAGUGACCGACUUCUCUGAAGUUUGGGGAUUUAAGAUGACUACCAAGGCCUCUGAUUGGCUUAAACAUUUACAGGGGAUUAUAACUGGAAUCUCUUUAGGCCUCCGUCAAACAUACAUUGUAUGAGUGAUACAGAGUAUACGUUUAAAUCACUGGCCAACUUUUAGGUUUGUUCCCAGAUGGACACUGUGCGUUACAAGUUGUGUUCAGAUGUGCUGACUACUGUCCUACUUUAUUGUAGUCAUUUAUUGGGAUAUACCUUACUUCUAUUUCAAAUAAAUAAAUUUGAACUAAAUUCAUUGGUUUGAAUCAUUUCUGAACCAAAGAAAGCCAGUUUUAUGUAAAUAAAGGGCGUGGCUCUACUAUUUUAAAGGACAGAGAGGAGGGGACCCAGUUACAAAUAUAGGCUGAUAAAUUUUCAACAUCUUAUCCAGUUACCCUUGGCCAAACCUGGUGCAUAAAAUCAUCCCAUCUCUUAGGCCAAAUAUUGAUGUUAGAACUUGAAACUCGGUUUAAACUGUUGGUCGACCUACCAGACCAGAGUGCAAAAUAGUUCUUGUUUUGAUUAUCACUUAAGACACCCAAAUCAAUGUACUAUCCCCUGUUUGCGUGUAUGUAUAACCAUUUUAGUGUUGUGUCUGGUUUUUUUGUAUAUAUUAAUUCAUCCAAUCAAUACCUACUCUAUAUUGCAGAUGUAUCAAUUUAUGUAUGUAACAACAUGUAAAGUUAGAAAUCAAAAGCUUUAGAAAUAAAACAGCCAGACUUCCAUCUGAAAGUGUUAGUCGUCACAUAGUCUUGUAAUGAUAGAUAGUAAAUCCAUCGUCUAUCCUUGAUACCACCUGUUAAUAAUGAGUAAUUGUUAUUAUUUUUGUCCGUAAUCUGUUUGUUGAGGUUCGACUAUCCAUUCACAGCUUCAAAUCUCGGAUCAUAUUUAGUUACAUUUCGAUCUUGACUUCACAACUUUCCACUAUUGACAUUCUUGAACUGAAGAUGAAUAAUUUUGGUGUUGUAAAGAAUGUCGACACAGCAUUAUGAUUGAAACACAUAUUUGUAAUAUUUAUGAUGGUAUGCAAAACAGUUACCUGCAAACACAUUCUUCAAGAUAUGUUAUACUGUGUUGCAACAGAGGUCGUUAUUUUUUCAAUGCCUCCACUAGGAGUCAAACCCAGGACCUCUGGUUUACUAGUCUUAUGCUCUACCGAAUGAGCUAAAGAGAAAUUCUCCCUAGCCGAGUCGGUUAGGGUGACAGUGUUUCUGUAAGUAACACUAUUGCGUACCAACAUAAACAUUUAUAUAAGCACAUGUAUCUAUUAUUACGAGCGUUGUGAAUAAUUAACCUAUUUGUAUUUUGUAUAUUUUGAUAGGUAAUGCGGUUUUCAAUUACAGCAUGUUUGUGAUGUUAGUACAAAUAUUUAAUGUUGAUAUAAACAAAGUAUAUUUUAUGAAUGUUUUACCUCAGAGUUGACAUGAACGAUACUUCUACAUGUUCUGUGUGAUACUGUUGUAUAAUCUGUUUCAACCUUCAAUUUGUCAGUGAAAUCCCCAGUCCCAGAAUUUUUACAUAGUAAAACAUCAUUGAUCUGAAAGCUUGAGUAAUUAUAAAAAAAAAAAAACUUUUUAAUACUUAAUUUAAAAACUGAAAUACAAUGUACUUUAAAGAAAGGUUUUUUGCUGUUUCAAUUUUCACAAACAUAUAUUUUUAAAUUUGUCAUUAGAAACCAAAGUGUUUUGUAAAACUAGAAAACCAACAGCUUUGUCAGUUAUAUGCAGAAUAUACAUUUUUUUGUACUUUUAUAUUCCAAUAUUUUAUUAUUUGGUUUAAUACUGAGUAUUAUGUUUACGAGUUUUAUCACAUUUACUUUUGUGCAUUUCAUUAAAAAGUUAUUGAUGGUCGUUAGUGUAAUAUUUAUUCCGAAGCUGAACUCGCUAGGCUCUCCGUAUCUCAAUAGUCCCGGUAAAAUGUUUAAAAUGAUCAGUAAUACUAAAACAAUUUUUCCCUUUCGAUUGAAUAGUCUUUUAUAACAUACAAAUUCAUAUUGGAUCUAACAUAGGGUCUCUUUACACAGGACACCGCUUUAUUCAGGGUUCAGUUUAGGAGGUAUUUGAUGGUAUAAAUUACACAUUAUACUAACUGCGGAUAAAAAUCCACCUGAGGGGAUUUAACUCAUUCAACCCUGAAGACACAUUUGAACACUUCCGAUUCAAAGGGUGGAAUAGUUCAUUAUGAAAGUUCAGGGGUGAAUGAGAUAAAGCUUUAUUAUAAUGGUGUUUUUAUAGACAUUUGUUUUAAGCAUAUAUACAACAACCAAAGAUGGGCUACAGCUGGGUUGAAAAUAAGGGCUAAUUUAAAUAUUUCAAAUGAUGACAUAUGGCACAAAAAGGGCAAGAUAAGUAAUAUGGUAUUUCCAGAGCUGUUAAUAUUCCUUAACUUUUUGUAACACUUACCAGACAUUUUCUAACAACAUGAGGAUUUUCAGUCAAUUUUAGAAUGGUUUAACAUUAUUGGAGCAAGUUAAAUGUGAUAUAUCAAAAACUUUGAAAAAUUACGAAUUAGUGAGUGUUAUAGUAAUCCCCCCCCCCCCCCCUCCAUCAUUGUAAAGCUUGGCAGACUAUAUUAAUUAUUUUUUUAUUUUUGAAUGGCUGCUGUACCCUUUCCUACAAAUCUUCACAGCUAUCCUGCUCGUACACUAAUUUGUCUGUCAUUUUGAGUGUUACACAGUUCCCUAUGCCACAGAGUGACUCGAUGUAUCAGAAUUGUUCACCGUGUUAAACAAAUAUUUAUAUAUAUCUAUAUUUAUUUGAUGUUGUUCCACAUAUAAAUCAUACACUUCCACUUAAGCUUGGCAUUAUCAUACUUUUUUAACUAUUUCAUAAACGUGUAACUAAUGUUACUAGGGUGACUCUUCUGAAAGAAUUCAUAUUUCAGAAUAUAAUCAACAUAACGGUACCUGUGAAUGCAUUUUGGUGAAAUACAUAUAUUAGCAUUGGUUCGGUUUUUUUCUCAACAUUUUAGAAUCUCGAGUGAUAUAUUCCAUCACAAUAAAAGAAAAUGUGAUCACAUAGUCAUUAUUCCGUCUUUGCGUAUUGCAGAGUUAUUUUCUCUUGGGAGCA